AUGAGCAUUUUCCAGCCUGCUGCGUGGAACGAUGGAGAAAAGGCGAUCCAUAAGCGCACCCACGGCCAGUUCGACCGAGACAACCCGACGACACCAUUCUUGACUCCCCGAGCAGCACAACAAAUACAGCGCUACCAGCUUAUGGCGAUUGGGACAUUGGAUGAGAACGACCGGCCGUGGUGCACCGUCUGGGGCUCCGGUCAGCCCCCUAUGGCACAGCCAAUUGGGCAGAGCAUCAUUGGUAUUCGGACAAACGUCGACGCCACGUUUGACCCGGUGACGGAAGCCAUCUGGAAAGGGAAAACCGACGGGGAGGUCUUGCGACUCGAAGGGGACGGGAAAAUGAUGGCUGGCCUGAGCAUUCAGCUGGAAGAACGAGGUCGAGUCAAGCUGGCUGGGAAAAUCAUCGCUGGGGCUCUGAACGCUGACACGAGCCCACCUGACCAGACGAAGUACCGAGGUAACUUGCCGACGGGACAGUCAGGCGAGGUGCAACUGGUGGUCAAGAUUGACCAGAGCCUGGGAAACUGUCCAAAAUACUUGAAUCGGAAAAGGAUCAGCUCCGUACGCCCAAACCCUCGACUCGUGUCCUCCUCACCACGCCUCACACAGGAAGCGAUCGACCUCAUUCACCGUGCCGAUUUGUUUUUCGUUGCCUCUGCGCAUAGACAUGAAGACAUGGACGUCAACCAUCGGGGCGGGCCCCAGGGCUUCAUGCGCACACAUCAGCCGGAUAACCCUGAUGAAGGAACAAUCAUCAUCUGGCCAGAAUACAGCGGGAACAACCUGUAUCAGACACUGGGGAACCUCGAAACCACGCCUCGCGCCGGACUCGUCAUCCCAGAUUUUGAAACCGGCGACGUCCUCUACGUGACCGGCAACACGGAAACACUAGUCGGGGCGGACGCGAGCGCGGUAAUGGCGAAGAGCAAAUUAGCAGUGCGACUAAAGGUGACAGAAGCAAGGCUUGUGCAAGAAGGGUUACCUUUCCGCGGGACAUUGAUGAAGGACGCCUCAGAAGGCCGGUCACCGUACAACCCGCGCGUGCGAUAUCUGACAAGCGAGCAGACCGACGGGACGGCCCCAGUGCCAGGUGAAGAAAGCCGAGUCACAGCGCAGCUAGUAGGCAAGUGGAGACUGACACCGACGAUCACGCGGUACCGGUUUGCGCUGGCGGAACCCACUGUAUUCGGACCUUGGAAGCCCGGACAGUACGUGGCGAUGGACUUCACCGACGAGCUGGACAUGGGCUACUCGCACAUGCGGGACGACGACCCGACGAGCUUGAACGACGACUUCAUCCGCUCAUUCACGGUUUCGUCGGCCCCCAAUUCUCUAGGCGAGCACGGCGAGGAAUUCGAAAUCACAGUGCGCAAGGUCGGCAGCGUCACCCGCUGGCUCGAGUGGCAGCGUCCCGGCAGAUGCGAGGUGGGAGUGCGCGGGUUUGGAGGCGAGUUCGCCUUCGCGCAGGGGCAGGCGCAGGAUCGUGGCGGUGAUGGAAGCUUUAAGAAGACUGGCUUCGUAGCCGCGGGGAUUGGGAUCACGCCGUUGCUUGGGCAGAUGGGCGCCGGUACUGGUGCUAGUGGUCUGGACCUGACGCGGCUCAAGGUCUGGUGGAGUGUGGGCAUCCUCGACAUUGGCCUGGCGCUCGACAUUCUCACACGGUAUCCUGACCUGGCCCCAGUCUUGACCAUCUACCUGACGGGAGAUGGAGAUGGAGAUGCGGGCUUGGUGGCAGACCAAGACAAGCAGGAAGAACGGACGAAGCUUCACAAACUGAUCGACACGGGCGUCACCAUCGAGCGGAGGAGAAUGCAACCGACAGAUCUGACCGGGUCGCAGGACGACGUGGACAGAUGGUAUCUCUGCACGGCACCGGCGAUGCGCAAGGUCGUGCAGGACUGGAUGCCGGGCAAGACUAUAGUCUAUGAGACUUUUGAUUACUGA